CACCUCGCCAAGUCACCAGCAGCAGCAGCAGCGCCCGCCAACCGCCCCCGCUGCCGAACCCGCUACCCGCCCGCCCUCUCCAGCCUGAUUCCACCGAGGCACACGCCAGCCACACCACCACACCGCACCCAACAAACUCUUCCAGUCUUCCCUCGCAAGCGUCACCUCGUCUCUCGCCGCCUCCUCUGCUCGUGUUGGAUUGGCGGGGCGCGGUGGCACGGACUGGAGCGGGGAUCCAUGCGGCAUUGGGAUCGAUCCCUCUCGUUGGUCCUGCAAUCUAACUGAGUGAAUGCUGGCCCAAGCAAAGAUCCCAGGAGAUAGAGCUGUUUUUUUUCUAAAUAAGUUAAAUUAUCUGCAUGCCAAAGAUGUCUGCGAUCAUGUUAUGUACUUGCAGCGGGGACCAGUCCAAGUUUGAAGAUCUUCCUCGAUCGCCAGAAUCUCUUGCGACACGUGAUUUCUCAGCAAAUGGCUCUUCUUCAAAGAUGGCAAGUCGUGAAACAACUCCUGAUGAUAGCCAAGUAAAUGAAGUAGAAUCAGACCUAAAAGAGACCCUUUCACUAAAUUAUGAGGAGGCUCGGGCAUUGUUAGGUAGACUGGAACAUCAGAGAGGGAACUUUGAUGCAGCAUUGCAAGUUCUUCAGGGAAUUGAUAUAAGAAGCCUGAGACCACGAAUGACCAUUGCUAUUGCUGAAAGUAUCAAGCCUAGAGUGCCACCACGCUCUUCAAGAAGGAAAUCCUCACAAGUGAAUGGAAUGUCAACGCAUAUGUCCAUGCACUCUGUAAGCUUGCUUCUAGAGGCCAUAUUGCUUAAAGCAAAAUCUUUGGACACCCUUGGUAGAGUAACAGAUGCUGCAGAAGAAUGUAGAACGAUCAUAGACAUUAUAGAGUCUGCAUGGCCAUAUGGUGUUCCGGAUGGUACUGCUGAAGAGUGUAAGCUAAUAGACAUAUUCCAUUUGGCCCUAGAAUAUCUUCCUAAACUGUGGAUGAGGAGUGGUUGUUUUGAUGAAGCCAUCAUCGCAUAUCGGAAAGCUCUUACAAAACCAUGGAAUCUAGAUUCUCAAAGGUCUGCCAACUUACAAAAAGAUUUGGCAGUGACUCUGCUGUAUUGUGGUGUUGAAGUGAAGUUCCCUCAAGAAUUUUCUCAGGAAAGGAAUCUGGUGAGCCCUGGGAACAAUAUAGAGGAAGCAAUUUUGUUGUUACUCAUACUGACAAGAAAACUAUCCCUCCAAGAAAUAAAAUGGGAUCCUGAACUUGUGAACCAUCUGAUGUAUGCACUGUCAUUAUCUGGGCACUAUGAAGUUAUGGCCAGCCAUCUAGAAAUGUUGUUGCCUGGAACCUACACCAGAUCAGAGAGAUGGUAUAUCCUUGCACUUUGCUAUAGUGCAGCUGGCAUGGAUGAUAGUGCAUUAAACAUUAUAAGGAAUGGUGUUUGUGUACUGGAGAGAAAGGGAAAGCCUCAUAUUCCAUCUCUUCUUUUAGGAGCAAAACUAUGCUGUAAGAACCCAAAGCAUGCUGCUGAAGGGAUAAAAUUUGCAAAUAAAGCCAUGAAGUCUUUCAGAAGUUGUGACAUGCAUUUCAUCAGCAUUGUAAACCAUUUUCUUGGCGUUUGUCAUGGACCUUUUUCUAGGUCCUCCACCUCAGACUUGGACAGAUCGAGAUUACAAGAUGAUGCACUAAGGCUGCUGCAGGAUGCUGCUGCAAUGGCAAAGUAUAAUCCUGGAAUAUUGUAUAGCCUUGCUUGGGAAAAUGCAAUGCAACGGAAACUCAAUGCAGCUGUUGAAAGUGCAACAGAGUGUCUUGAGAUGGUGAUGGGAGGUUCCGUUAGUGCCUGGAAAUUAUUAAUUCUUAUAUUAUCUGCACAGCAAAAUCUACAAGAAGCUGAAGCAGUAGCGGAUUUUGCAAUGAAUGAAGCUGAGAAAGAUGAUCAGUUGGACAUUUUGAGACUGAAAGCGCAAAUUCAAGCUUCCCGUGGACAGUUCAAGUCUGCAGUGGAAUCUUUUCGGGUUUUGCUUUCGACUAUCCAAGUAAAGAAGGAAGUCUGGAAGUCGACCACUUGUAAGGAGGUUAAAUCCCUACAGAAGUUGGAGAUGGACGCAUGGUUAGAUUUGGCGUCAAUAUACACAAAGCUCGAGGCAUGGCAUGACUCAAACAUCUGUCUUGACAAAGCCAUAUCGCUUGAUUUCUUUUAUCCCAAGUGUUGGCAUGUCAGAGGUCUUCUACUGGAUUCUCAAUCCUUGCACCAGGAAGCCCUGAUGGUGUUCUCAUUUGCCCUCUCAAUCGACCCAGAUUACGUCCCGAGCAUGGUUUGUAUGGCAGAAAUUCUUCGAAAUAUUGGAGGGAAUUCGUUAUCCAUUGCAAGAACUUUCUUGCGCAAUGCCCUCCGUUUGGAGCCUACAAACCACCGAGCUUGGUUGAGUCUUGGGCUUGUCCUGAAGGCUGAAGGAUCGCUGCUGGAGGCUGCGGACUGCUUCCAAGCAGCGUACGAGCUCAGAGAGUUGUCACCCAUUCAGGACUUCUCCAAGCAACUCCCCAUCAUGCUGCAUUAGGAACCUGUAGCGCAAGUUCACAGUUUUCGUAUAGAAAUUCUCUUCAUUUGUUGCCCUCGGUUAUUAACUUAUCUCUUGCAAAGGUGGGAAGCGUAUGAUUUUGUUGAUGUAAAUUAGUUCACUUCUAUUCGUGAACAGUUUUUGCCCGCUGUUAUGUGCUUCCCCAGCGACAUCAGGCUGAACUUUCUUGCACA